CGGGUUUAUGUUUUUAGUCAUAAGUAGUCAUCCUGAAUUAUUCACCAUAUAUUCUUUUCCCGCGAAGACCACAUCUCAUCACCGUUUCUCCCCUCUCCAACUCUUUCCUCACAGGCCUCCUUCCUCUUUUUUACCGUUCUACUUUACCUACCUACCUACCUACCUUACUUCAUCCUUACCCCAAGACCGUCAUCACAAUGAUGUCCUCUGUCCUAGCCGAACUCCAAAAACUCGUCACCCCAACGCCGCCCCUGAACACGCAAAAAAACAAAGCCCAUCAUCAAUCCAACCCCAUCAAAACCACCUACGAGUCUCUCCCCAUCGACCUACCUCCCGAUUUCCUCGCCACCGAACCAGGCAUCACCCCCGUCCCAACUCUCACAGAAAUCGACUGGGCCACGACAGACUUACCUGAAAACAAGGGACUGUACGCCGUGGUAUUAGACGGGGUGCUAACAAGAGACGAGUGUGACGAACUGCGCAAGUUGGCGGAGGGGAGCGUUCCGCUUGAGAAGUGGGUUGAAGAACAAGACUCUCCCAAGAAGACACCAUGGGCACCUGCCCUAGUCAAUGUCGGACUAGGCUACGAAGUGCUUACGCCCUCGUACCGCAACUCGUCACGGAUCAUUUGGGAUCAGCAAGAGGUUGUGGAUAGGCUGUGGGCGCGGUGUUGCUUGGUUCCUGGGUUGAUGGAGAGACUGGCGGUGUUGGAUGCGGGGAGGGAGAGGGAUGUGAGGAUUAUUACUGGGCGGUCGUUGCCUUGCCCUGCUGCGGAUGAGGGGGAUGGAAAACAAGAGGUGGAGAGGUAUGCUAAUGGGAAGAAAAAGGGAAGGAGUAAGCGGACUAAGACAAAAGGGUUGAGGGAUGGGAGGACGGGCAAGUGGGAGUUUGUCAAAGUUAAUAAGCGGAUGAGGUUUUUGAGGUAUGGGGAGGGGCAGUUCUUUAGGGCCCACUGCGACUCCCCUUACCGUGAACUGGACCCUAUCAACUCUGACCGAAUCAACGAGACGAUGUUCACCAUUCAUCUCUACCUCAACGACUGCAAGUCAGAAGCUCCGCCCGAUAAAAAGGACGAGACGGAAUUGGUCGGUGGUGCCACGGCGUUGUUGUCCGGGGACGAAAAGAGGAAGUAUGAUGUUGAGUGUAAGACGGGGAGGGUGCUGAUCUUCCAACAUCGGAGGGUGUUUCAUGCGGGCGCGGAUGUGGUGAAGGGGGUCAAGUAUAGUGUUAGGACGGAUAUUAUGUAUCGUGAGGUUUUGGAGGAGCCAGAGAAACAGGAGGUGGUGGAAACAAGCGAGCAAGCUGAGAAGGAGGUAGAUGAUAAGGAGCCGCUGAAGGAGGAUGAUAGUGGGAAGUAGGCUUAGUCGUUUUUCGUAUUUUUUAUACUCUUCUCCAGCUCAAGCAAUCAACCAUCAUCUCCCCCGAAGAA